UUCCUGCAAUUGCUGCUUUGGCUUUUACUCCUGGCAGCCAGGGAAGGGGGAACCGGUCAGCUUCGCUACUCAGUCGCAGAGGAGGCCAAGCACCACACCUUUGUGGGCCGCAUCACGCAAGACCUAGGGCUGAAAAUAACAAAAUUGGUGCCACGCCUGUUCCGGGUGGGGUCCAAGGAUCGCAGGGACCUUCUAAAGGUAAAUCUGCAGAAUGGCAUUUUGUUUGUGAAUUCUUGGAUCGACUGGGAGGAACUGUGCAGAUGGAGUGAGGAGUGUAGCAUCUACCUGGAGGUGAUCCUAGACAGACCGUUUCAGGUUUUCCAUGUGGAGGUGGAGGUGAAGGACAUUAAUGACAACCCACCAGUGCUCAGAGAAAAAAAAACAUAAGGUCUGAAUCUGCACCUCUGGACACAGUUUCUUCUAGAAGGCGCUUCUGAUGCAGAUUUUGGCAUAAACUCUCUCCUAACUUAUACACUAAGUUUAAACGAGCAUUUUGCACUUCAAACAACAACAGCAAAUAAAGAUAAAAGCACAUUGCCUGAGUUAAUUCUUCCGAAGUUAUUGUACGGAGAGGAAACCCCCGAACUUAAUUUAUUGCUGAUGGUUAUUGAUGGUGGUAAUCCUGAGCUAACAGUUGUUCAGAUUGGAAUAACCAUCCUGAAUGAUGCCAACGCUCCAGAGUUUGAUAAGCCUGGUUAUAAAGCAGUAUUGUUUGAAAAUGUCAGAAAUAACACUAGAAUAAUUCAACUAAAUGCUUCGGAUCUGGACGAAGGCCUGAAUGGGGAAAUUUCCUGUGAAAUCAGAAUGAUUUUGCCAGUGAGUGAGAACUGCAAGUUUUCAAUUAAUCCAGGUACAGGUGAAAUUAAAAUCCACAGGGAACUAGAUUUUGAAGAGAAUAAUGCUUAUGAAAUUCAUGUUAACGCCAGAAAAGGAAUUCCUUCCAUGGUAGGUCACAGCUUGGUCCUGGUGGAAGUUCUACCUGAAAAUGGUUACUUCACUAUCACUGUGAAAGAGGAUGCCCAAGGGGUUAACGAGUCUGACCGUGACUCUGGGGCCAACAGACAGGUCACCUGCUCCUUGUCAUCCUACAUACCCUUCAAGCUGGUGUCUACACUCGAAAAUUACUAUUCCCUGGUUCUGGACAGUUCCUUGGACAUAUCUGCCUAUAAAGUCGUGGUUACUACAAGGGAUGAGAGCUCGCCUUCGCUGUGGGUUACCACCAGUGUCGUGAAGAUGGCGGAUGUGAACGACAAUGCGCCGACUUUUGCGCAACUUGAGUAUGCGGUGUUGGUGAAGGAGAACAACCCACCGGCUGCGGACGCACAGGAGAACGCACCUCUGUCGCAUUCGCUGGUGGUGGGCGAUUGUAUGCUGUCGAUCUACGUGUCAGUGCACGCGGAGAGCGACAGUGUGGAUGUGCUGCAGCCUCUGGACCAUGAAAAGCUUGAGCUGUUGUAGUUUCAGGUGAACGCGCAGGACUCUGGCGUGCCGCCCCUGGGCAGCAAAGUGAUGUUGCAGGUAUUGGAGUUGAAUGAAAAUGACAAAGCUCGCUCCCAGAAGUCAGGGGCGGGCAUCCCGGGUGGCACAGUGAGUCAGCGUGUGCCGCGAUCAAUGGAUGCUGGCUACGUGGUAGCAAAUACGUGCAGUGGCCCUGGUUCAGGAUACAAUGCGUGACUAUCUUAUGAGCUGCUGCCGGCGACUGGUGUCGCGCAAAGCCCGUUCCGCGCGGGGCUGUAUACUGGCGAGAUUAGCACAAGGCGUGCCCUGGACUAAGCAGACGCGCCAAACAAGCGCCUGUUGGUGCUAGUGAAGGACAAUGGCGAGCCCUCACUGACGGCCACUGCCUCAGUGCUUGUGUCUCUCCUGGAGAACAGUCAGGAGCCAAGGAACCGGCAGUGCUGCAGACCAGAAGAUGGUGGUGUAGAUGUCAAGGAGUACUUGAUUAUUACAGUCUACGUGGUGUCCAGCUUCCUUGUGCUCAAGCUGCUGUGUAUGCCGUCCUGCGGUGCUUGGUAGAGCCUACCCAGCGCGCAUGCCGGCUUGGAUAGUGCAAGAGGAUGCGCUUCUUCAAGGUGGAGGUCGGGUGGUACUCUCAGGAGGCAGAGGAUCACCUAAUACUGACCUCUUAGCCUUCAAUUCCAGUCUUCAGCCAUCUGAAGAAGAUUGUUUAAAUUCUUCCAGGGAAGUAAGUUAUUGAUAUCAUUUAUGUAUAUGUUUCCCUGUAAUAACUUGAUUUUAGGUUAUAACCAUAUCCUCUUAUUCUUUUCU